UCCCUCCUUCGUUUUCCACUGAAGUGCGUGAAUUUCAUACCAAACCCAUACUUCGCAUUCCACCUUUACUGUCAAACCGGGAGAAAUAUUACUGAAAACAAUAGAGCACCAAGAUAAAUAUAACUUUAAAGAAAUAAACCUCGUCCUGUUCUAUCGGUAGAGGUGUUUCCUAAUAAAGAGAAUUGUCAGAGAGAAACGACAGAAGUGUUUGGAGAGAUCGUUCACCCCUUUUUCUGCGUUAUCAGUACUUGUGUAGCGUGGGGGCUCGUGGAAGGGCCCGGUAGGAGCCGGCACCAUUGCGUCCAACAAGUGGAGUGCCAACGGCAGCCCGGAGCAGGGGCUGGAGGAUGGGGGUGAUGAGCUGGACAAGGCCAUGGACGGAGAUGCCGAGGGUGUGUGGAGCCCCGAUAUCGAGCAGAGUUUUCAGGAGGCACUGGCUAUAUAUCCGCCCUGUGGACGGCGCAAGAUCAUCCUGUCAGACGAGGGAAAGAUGUACGGUCGCAAUGAGCUUAUUGCCAGAUACAUCAAGCUGAGAACAGGCAAAACCCGCACACGAAAACAGGUAUCUAGUCACAUACAGGUGUUAGCACGGAAGAAAGUUCGAGAGUAUCAAGCAGGUAUAAAGGCCAUGAACUUGGAUCAAGCGUCCAAAGACAAGGCUCUCCAGAACAUGGCGGCACUCUCCUCCGCUCAGAUUGUGUCUCCGAGUCUAAUCAAGACCCCGCUUCCGCCUCUUCCGCAGUCCCCCUACCCUCCAACUGCACGAUUCUGGCCGACCCCCAUCCCAGGUCAACCUGGACCCUCUCAGGAGCUGGUUCUUAAGCACAACCCAGGAAGAAGUCCUGGGCUUGGCCGCACCAGCUACUCCAUCAAGCCAUUUGCACAAACUCCUUACCCAAACCUAUCAGGACCUGUUCAACCCCCCUUAUCAUCAUAUGAGUCUCUGGCCCCUCCUCCCCCGCCGGUUGCCACUGCAGUGCCUGUGUGGCAGGAUCGCACCAUCGCCUCCUCCAAACUGCGUCUUCUGGAGUACUCCGCAUUCAUGGAGGUCCCGCAGGACCAGGACUCUUACAGCAAACACCUGUUUGUUCACAUUGGCCAGACCAACCCCUCCUACAGCGACCCUCUGCUGGAGGCGGUGGACAUCCGACAGAUCUACGACAAGUUCCCUGAGAAGAAGGGAGGACUCAAGGAGUUGUACGAGAAGGGCCCUCAAAACGCCUUCUUCCUUGUCAAAUUUUGGGCGGAUCUGAAUAACGGUGGCGUCCAGGAUGGACCGGGCUCCUUCUAUGGAGUCAGCAGUCAGUACAGCAGCUCAGAGAACAUGACCAUCACCGUCUCAACCAAAGUGUGCUCCUUCGGGAAGCAAGUGGUGGAAAAAGUGGAGACGGAGUACGCUCGUGUCGAGGGAGGGAAGUGUUUGUAUCGGAUCCAUCGUUCUCCCAUGUGCGAGUAUAUGAUCAACUUCAUCCACAAGCUCAAGCACCUGCCUGAGAAAUACAUGAUGAACAGCGUAUUAGAAAACUUCACCAUCUUACAGGUGGUGACCAACAGGGAAACCCAGGAGACACUACUGUGUAUAGCGUUUGUAUUUGAAGUGUCGACAAGUGAACACGGGGCACAAUACCACGUCUAUAGGCUCAUUAAGGACUAGCACGGCCGCGAGCUGUUCUGUCAACAGACUUCUGUUGCUUUGCACAGUCCCUCCGUCACACAUAUGGAGGAAUAUGCCAAAUUGUCCAAACAUCGGAGGAAUACGCCAAAAUGUUACACAAAACCAAAUGUUUUGCUUCUGGUGCAGAAUUUAAUUGAGUCUUUGAGGACAUAAAAAAUAUAGUAUUACUCUGUUAAAAAAAAAAAAAAAACUUUUUGUAUUUGUUUUUAAAUGCCUUAAAUACAAAAUGGGUCACGUUGGUUUUGUUGCAUAUACAGAUCAUAGAUGUCUUUUAAGCUUUGUUGUGUCUCCACGGAGGGAAUGUGAAUGUGUGGAUGGGAAAGAAUGUCAUGGAAGACAAUGUGUGCCGUUUAUAAGUGGUGCAUGCAGCAUUUUACAGUGAUAUAAAAAGGUGAAUCUCAUGAAGAAUACUCUAAAAUUAAAAGAAAAAAUAUAUACCAUAUGCAUAUUUUGAAUGAAGGCUAUUUUAGGGCCAUUUUUUGCAUUUUGACCUUUUCAUGAAGCAUGUUGCCUCCCUAAAUUCUUAUCAUAAUGCAACUGAAAACGUUAUUCUCAUUACUCUUAAGACAGCAUUAUAUUACUAGCAUUAUAUUAAUCAGAAUUGGGAGGAAAUGUGCUCAAUUGUCAUCAAUAUAAUGUCAUAAUGUAAUGAAAUAUAUAUAUAUAUAUAUAUAUAUAUAUAUAUAUAAUAUAAACUAUUUUCGAUAUUUUUUUUUUUCUUUUGAUUUUGGAGUGAAAUAUGACCUGAACAUGUUCUUGACAGGUUUCAUGAGAUUUCACCUGAUUUGUAAAUGAGGACCAGCAGAGGGUUUACGUUCAUUUUUAUUAAGGACAGACCUACUGAAAACACACUGCAGUUACAUUUUUUGGAAAACAAAGCCUUUUCCUGUCCUUUUUUAUUUAACCAAAUAACACAAGAUUUCGGUUAAAAAUGUUUUUCAACACCUGUCCUUUGAACAACAGGAGAGGCGUCAGAAACCGUUUUGCAGGUACUAAAGGAUUUUUGAGUAGUUGACCCAAAUGUGAGUGCCUUUCUUCAAAGAACACAAGUUGAUUGAUACUCUGAAGUGCCUUUUGACUACCUCUCGACGUAAAAUAGUAGGAAUAGAUAAAACGAUCAAUUUCUUUAUGCUACAACAUGACAAAGUAUUUGACUCUGCUGUUCAUUGAAGCUUUUGCAAGAUGUGUGAACUGAGGAAAAGGUCCGGUUGUUGAAAUGUCAAGCCUGACAGGCUAAAUGUCACUCUGGUACAAUGAAAAAUGGCUUUCACAGUUGCUGCCCAUCGAGAUUUUAAACAUUUAAUCCUGGAACAAUACCUCGAUAGAGUUGCUUGUUUUUUUUGUUUUUUUGUCUUUUUGAAUGAGAAUGUUGCGUUGCUGUCGUACUUUCUGGUGCUUUAAACCCUCAGAGAAUGUUUGCAUCUCUUACUAUUUUUUGUUUUUAAAUCUUCACCUUCACCUUCACAACAUCCCUGCACUGUGUGCCUUCUUUUGCAACAAGUACAUUUCUCUUGAGUUACAUGUCGGCUUCUUUAGUUUCCAGUUAAAGCAUCAGUUUUUCUUUUUAGUAUUCCUGGUGUUAAAGUGUAAAAGGGAAAGUCAUUAAUUUCACCAUGUAUUUCAACACAACUGUGUUACAGUUCUUAUCAUUUGUGCAUCUCUUUUUUUACUCCCUUUAGAUGUAUAGUCAGUCUCUUUACGAUUACUUUUUGGUUACAUGAAUGCACCAGGUGUUUGAAAUGGUUAUGCAUGCGUUUUUACAGAACUAUGCCAUUUUAACAGUGCUGAACUGAGAUCUUUUGCUACUACUGAAAAUAGAACCGUUUGUUUUCCCCAUAGAGAACUAAAGACUUGAAUUUUAGAUCUGAUUCGAUGUUUCAAAUGCCUGUUCUUAAUGAAACCAUGUAGCGUUUUUGUUCCACUUGCCCUUUUAAUUCAAAGACCGCACGGUUUGUAUGUUAAAUUUUCUUGGGAUGGUUUUUAGACACGAGUUGGCGCUCGCUGAUAGCAGUUUUAUGUCUAGAUGAGUUCUGAAGGUACUGCUAAUUCUUGGGUACACCUUAAAAGCAGAAAUUUAAUGUAUAUUGGUACAAUCUUAACCUGCAUUUUCAUGUUUGAACUUCAGUGACGAGAGUUUCCUCAAUUGUAUUUUUUUUUCUUACAGGCUUUUUUGUUUCCUUUUUAUAAUUAUUGUUAUUAUAAUUAUUAAUUUUAUGUUUGCUCUUUGACUUUCAAUUGAUCCUAUAUGCAUACAUUGAAAAUUUUGUGUGUUACUUCUGUUAUUUUAUGCCAUAAUCUAAGUGGUGUUGGCAAAAGCUUUCCCCCUGUUUUUAACAGUUCGUUGUGGCCUUGGUUACCAGUUGUGCAUUGCAGUUAUGUAUCGAAUAUCUUCAAUGUUAGGGGUUUGUACAAUAUAAUCAAAACAAUGUAUAGCAAUACCAAUAAAAUGGCAUGGGUCUCCUUGGACCGUAUUUCUUAAAACACA